ACUACACCUGUCCGAUAAAACAUAUGUCGAGAAGGAAAGAGACAGAAACACUGUUCCUCAUUUCAAGAUGAUAUCAGGCUGGAGCACAGGCGUGGAUCGGAUCAACUUAAAACUAACGUAGCAAUGCUGAAGGAGUCAUAACUAGAAGAAAGUGUCCAUGGAGGGAGAUCCAGAGGAGUCAGAUGAGGAUCUUCAGGAGCCUACUGUGCUGUGGGAGAAGUGCAUCCAGCAGAGCAUUUUUGUCGACCUAAGUGAGGAUGACAGUCUCCACCUCAGUGAUUUGGAGAGCUCUUUAGCUUUACACCUCUCCCAGGCAGAGUCGGCUGCUUCGGAGGCCAGCAUCCAUCUCAGUGGGAGCGCAGAGCUGUCAGCCUUGGAUGACACCUCCUCAGAGUCCAGUGCUGUGAGCAGUCAAAGUGAGAGGGUGGUGGAGAACAAGACCAAGAGCAACAUAUUGCACGUGUCCACCCAAAGACCAAACACCAUGCGAGAUGAGCCACCCUUACAGCGGGGGUAUGAGGACCCAGGGCAAAACACCAGCGAUGAGGAUCAGGAGGACCUACCUUACGAUGGGGACCUUGGAAGCCCCUACUUCAACCAGAAAGCUGGCACUGAGGGCAACAUGAGCUCUGAUGGAAGAGAAACAAUUAAUGCAAGUCCUGAUGUUCCUGGUCCACUUGAGCUGUCUACAGCAGACAGAGAUGAUACCAGCGAGCGUUUGGAUUCUGUUGAGCAUAAUGCUCAGAAACCAGCAACUGUGUUGCGAGAGGAUGCCAAUACCAAACAAGAUGACUUUAUUGAUGCCUCCAAGCCAGGUGAAGUUGCCCCUUCAUGCCCCAGUGCUGCAGACAUUAACCAGCUGUUGCUGCGACACUUCUCUCAGGAAGAGUUGCUGCGGCAUGGCAGGCUGAUCGAGGCGGAGACCCUGCCAGAGGUGUCCCUACUGGAGAGCAUGGACGACACCGUUUUCAGCUGGGCUCCAACGCACAACAGCACAAUUAAUAGUGACCACUCAGAGAACCCUGCUUGUAAUUCUGAGAUUAAUCAGAGUUUCUGCUCUGACAGGACUGAUGAGAAGAUUCAUUCUACAUCAAAAAAUUCAAGUUUAGAGGAAGAGGCCGAAGGCAAAACUGAUAAUGUGACCUCUGCUACCGACAGCGUUUCAUCAAGCCGUGCAAGUGCAGACUCAAAGCAGAGCAGUGGGGAUAACAGUGCUGUGGAUGUAGCAAAGCAGGAGACGUCUGAAGAGGAUCAUCAGGUUCAGAGGGUUCCACUUGUGCGCACAAGGUCCUUCAGCGAGAUGAAGUAUGGCCAAGGCCAAGUACAUUACCCCCUCCCUGACUUCUCUAAGGUUGCCCCCAAGGUAAAAAUCCCCAAAGCUCCAAGUGGACCUGCUAGACCUGUUCAUCAGAGCCCCAGCACCAUGCACAGAGCCCAGUCCUCUCCGGGUAUGUUAGAGGUGAUCAGCAGAGUCCUGGAGGACUCGGUCCAGCCAUCAGAGAAACCUUAUGUGUUCAAGGAUGAGGAGAAGCAGACUCCUCCAGCACUGGUGGAUCACUUGCAGGCUGAAUAUGAUAAAUUACUAACCAAAUAUGCUGAGGCAGAGAACCUUAUUGAUCAAAUGAGACUAGGAACCAAUACUCAGACCUCCUCAGAACUACUGCUUUACUCAGACUGCGAUGAUGAUAAUCAGAGAAACCUAGCUGAGGGAAGCCAUCUUGGAUCCUUGACUCCUCACCCCCCCCUGUCAGAAAACAAAGGAGGAACUGGCCCCCAGAGCAACAUCCAGGAGGUGAACACAGCUUCCUCCAGCCAGCCUGAGGAGGGUCCCAGUGAUGGGGAAAGAAUGACUGCUGAGCUGAGAGACAUCAUCAGCCCCUUCAUGCAAAAGGUGGAAGAAUUUAAAGUGGGUGUAGGCAACAUGUCACUAAGCACAGCAGAACAGCAAAUGAUGUUGAGGAGCAUGAUGGAGGCUCAGGACCAGCUGGAGAGGAAAUACAUCAGUAAGAAGGAGGAGCACAGAGCUCUUGAGAUGCAAAACUACAUGGGUCUGUCCAGAAACACUGGCACCUUUGACCCAAACAGGCUGGUGGAGGGAGACAUAUUCAGGAUAGGGAUGCACCUUGAAGACAUAAAGGAGAUGAUAGACAAAAAUGUGUGUGAGCAGAUUUCUCCACCCCACUCGUCCUCCACUCCCACACCCAUGAAAGAAAUGCUACACGCGAAGCCCAGUCCUCUCUGCAUGCCCACACCCUCGCCUCCACUGUCCCGGCAUGAGCCUCCAUGUGCAGGUUUUUCCACUGAGAGUUAUAAGAUGGAGACACAGAAGGAGAAAGGAAGAGAAGAGGAAGUGGAGGAGGACAGUGAGGUCCAUGGAUAUGAUGGAUUGGAGCAAAGCAGUGAACUCAUAACAACUGACUCUGCCCUGACAAAUACGGGAUAUAACAGUUGCCAUUCACGGAGCUCACGGGGCUCUCCGGAGAGACUGGACGUCCUGACGGCUGAGGGCGAGGAGGGCGAUGGAGAGGAGGGGAGCUCUGUGUUGUCAGAGGGGAUAGAUCACAGUAACAUCUUAGCGUACCUGAGAGGAACCAACUCAACCUCAAGGCAGAGGGAGUGGACACCUGAAAGUCACAGCACCCCGGAUAGUGUCCUUAUACCAGAGGGUGAAUGUGAUCUGGGUGAUUGUGUGAGUCUGGCUGUGGAGGUCUCCUCUUCCUCUGAUGCAGCCAGAGAGCCAGGCACCCCCAGCUUCUCUGAGCCUCCUCUCAACACCCCAUGUGCAUCACAGAGGAUUGUGAGCCCAGAGACAGACAGUGGAUUCGGGAGCUCUUACUUGAAUCAGUCGGGCUCUGGAUCAUUUCAACAAAACCUACUCACUGAAAGUUCCAGCGUGCAGUCCCAUAAUGAUGGUUUAAGUAGCUCGGACAGUGAGGGCUCCUGCUCCAACCUGCAGACAGCCAUCCAUUCAGCCUCUCUGAACAGCCAGCAGUGGGCCAGCCCCCACCCGUCUGUCCAAACACAGUCCUGUGGGGGUGCAGCAGCUGCAGUGGAGCUUUGGGUGGAGAGCACCACUAAGGAGCCUUCAGUCAGGCUACAGGGAUCUGAUCCCAGCCUGCCUGCACACCUCCAUCACCACGUUUCUGAACCUGCACUCAGCACCAACAUGGAGGACAGAGGCAGCCAAGUGUAUUCCUGCUCUUGCAAUAGUGAGGCUAUAUUGGCCUUGCAGUCAGAGGUGUCCAGGCUGAAGAAGGACCUAGAGGAGGGCUUGGUCCAGCUGCCACACCUGGCACAGAGGAUGGACUACCUCACCUCCAAAUACAGACAGGAUCGUCAGGAGCGCAGGUCUAAAACCAGACCCAGGACCCACUUAAGACCAGCCUGUAACAGUGUAUGGAAAUCAUCAAACAGCGGACAAAAUAUGAGUAAUCUUAGCUCCAGUCCAGCGAGAAUAGAGGACUGGAUUUCUUCAGACAUGGACCCCAGCAAGAGCAAAGGUACAGACAGUGGUGACACAGCGUGCUCUGAGAUCACGUCGCAGUUCCACAGUUCACCUAUAGGGAGUAGAAGAGGCAGCAGUACACGCCCUGGACCUGAGUUUCAAUUUAAAUUUCAGGGGACACUGCAGUCUAGCAAAGGGACAGAAGGAAACUGCUCAGUGAAAACUUCUGGUUUGACCAGCUCCAAAGGAGGAGGAGCUUCUGACAGCCAUUCCAAACAAAGACCACAGACUGUUGUGGAGAGCUUUUACUUCAAGGAGAGGUGGUCUCUCCCCUCCUCUCCAUCUCUCCAGAGGCCGCUCCUCCAGGUCAGCUAUGGAUCCUCCAGCAGUCUUCCUGCCAGCUAUAAAGUGAGGGAGGCGCCGCUGCAGUCCAUGUCCCAUCACAGGAAACAAUCCACCCAGUCAGACACAGCGCUCCUGCCCAGCAAUGUGUACUUCCAGCGGACACUGUCCCCGGUCUUAGUUCCUUCAAAGACUGUCAGCAGGACGGGCAGACGCAGAGGGAGCAAGGAGGAAGAAAUGAACAGGACUCUGGAUCAGGCUAUUGAAGUGGCCCGCAGCAUGAAGAGGACCACCGACCGCAUGGCCAUGAGACUGUCAGCUGACCUGGCCAAAGCUCAACUCCACAGAAAACUGCACAACAUGCAGCCACUAGGGGGCAGGAAACACCAUGCAUUAUAACACCCAGGGUACAGAUCUGUUUACCCACUAAUCAACAAUCUGCCAGUCCCUAUGAUAAAUGAUGCCCAUGUGUGAUACAUCUUUCUUGAUAAGGGAAUAUCUCUGAUUUUGAGUUACAGAAUACCUGUGUGUGUUAACUCAUUGCUUUUGUACAUGAUUAUAUAUUUAUAACGGGCCAAAAAGCCUGAAAUCACCCGAAUAACAAUGUAAAAAUAAAAUCUUGUUAUUAUAACUUC